CGGGGGAUACGCUGGGCGCGUCCCUGGGGUCACGUGGUGCGCAGCACGCAGAGUCCUUCUGUCGGUUGGUCCUGGAGCGGCGCAGCAGGAGCGGGGCCGUGAGGAGAAUAAAAGCAGCCCCAUUGAUGACUGAAAAUGACAAAGCAUCCACCUAACAGAAGAGGAAUCAGCUUUGAAGUGGGAGCCCAGUUGGAAGCCCGGGACCGUUUAAAAAACUGGUAUCCAGCGCACAUAGAAGACAUUGACUACGAAGAAGGAAAAGUGCUUAUCCAUUUCAAGCGUUGGAACCAUCGUUAUGAUGAGUGGUUUUGCUGGGACAGUCCUUAUUUACGCCCUUUAGAGAAAAUACAGCUGAGGAAAGAGGGUUUACAUGAAGAGGAUGGAUCUUCUGAAUUUCAGAUAAACGAGCAGGUCCUUGCUUGCUGGUCUGAUUGUCGUUUUUACCCAGCCAAAGUCACUGCUGUUAACAAGGAUGGUACUUACACUGUGAAAUUUUAUGAUGGAGUAGUUCAGACUGUCAAACAUAUUCAUGUCAAAGCUUUUUCCAAAGAUCAGAAUAUUGUGGGUAAUGCUAGGCCUAAAGAAACAGAUCACAAAAGUCUUUCAUCAUCUCCUGAUAAACGAGAGAAGUUUAAAGAGCAGAGAAAAGCCACAGUCAAUGUGAAGAAAGACAAAGAGGAUAAAGCCUUAAAGACAGAAAAGCGACCCAAGCAGCCUGACAAAGAAGGAAAGUUAAUCUGUUCUGAAAAAGGAAAGGUGUCUGAGAAAAACCUUCCCAAGAACGAGAAGGAAGAUAAGGAGAACAUUUCAGAGAAUGACAGGGAGUACUCUGGAGACACCCAAGUGGACAAGAAACCUGAAAAUGACAUUGUGAAGAGUCCACAAGAAAACUUGAGGGAGCCAAAAAGGAAACGAGGCAGACCCCCUUCCAUAGCUCCUGCUGCUGUGGAUUCAAACUCUCAAACUUUACAACCAAUAACAUUGGAACUGAGAAGACGGAAAAUAUCGAAAGGAAGUAACAUCCCAUUAAAACGUCCUCGACUUGACAAAAAUUCAUCCCAGAAAAAGUCAAAAAACUGCUCUGAAAAAGAUUUAUCGAGGAGACGGUCUUCCAGGCUAUCCGCUAAUGGGACCCCUGAGGUCCUAGACCCUGAUUUGGUUGUACCAGAGUUGGUUGAUACAGUUGAUGCGGAUCCUCUGCGAGACACAUCAGCUAGUACCAAGGAAUCUGAAGAAGGUCAGUUGAAAUCUCCUUUGGAAGCUGGCCAGGUGUCAUCUACGCUAACUUGUCACUCCUUUGGGGAUGGAUUAGGGGCUGCAGGCUUGGAGUUGAACUGCAAGUCAAUGGGAGAAAACACUAUGAAAACGGAACCGGCGUCUCCUCUUGCUGAAUUAAAAGGGAUUUCAACUGUAGAAGUACCAAAUACUUUUAAGAAAACAGAUGAUUUUGUGACAUCUAAUGUGUCAGCAGUCGACCUGGACCACAAAUUUAGAUGCAAGGUUGUGGACUGUUUAAAGUUUUUUCGCAAAGCUAAACUGCUGCAUUAUCACAUGAAGUAUUUCCAUGGGAUGGAGAAGUCACCAGAGCCAGACGAGAGCCCGGGGAAGAGGCAUGUCCAAACGAGGGGCUCCUCAGCUUCUGACAAGGCCAGCCAAGAGAGUGUGACCCGGAAGCGGGUCUCCGCCAGUUCCCCAACUGCAAAAGACAAGGAAAAGAAUAAAGAAAAGAAGUUCAAAGAGUUUGUGAGAGUGAAACCAAAGAAGAAGAAGAAAAAGAAAAAGAAAACCAAACUUGAAUGCCCCUGCAGUGAGGAGAUCAGUGACACUUCCCAGGAACCAUCGCCACCGAAGACAUUUGCUGUCACCAGGUGUGGGUCCUCACACAAGCCUGUGGUCCAUAUGAGCCCACAGCUCCAUGGCUCAGAAUCUGGCAACCACAAAGGGAAAUUGAAAGCAUCCGAGGAGGAUAAUUUGAGUGAGUCUUCUUCUGAGAGCUUUCUUUGGAGUGAUGAGGAGUAUGGUCAAGAUGUCGAUGUGACUACCAACCCAGAUGAGGAACUCGAUGGAGAGGACCACUAUGAUUUUGAGGUGGUCCGUUGCAUCUGUGAGGUCCAGGAGGAAAAUGAUUUCAUGAUUCAGUGUGAAGAGUGCCAGUGCUGGCAGCAUGGGGUCUGCAUGGGAUUACUGGAAGAAAAUGUACCUGAGAAGUACACCUGUUAUAUUUGCCAAGACCCUCCAGGUCAGAGGCCUGGCUUUAAGUACUGGUAUGACAAGGAGUGGUUGAGCAGAGGACAUAUGCAUGGCUUAGCAUUUUUGGAAGAGAACUACUCCCAUCAGAAUGCUAAGAAGAUUGUGGCCACUCACCAGCUUCUUGGGGACGUGCAGAGAGUGAUCGAGGUUCUGCAUGGCCUACAGCUCAAGAUGAGCAUUUUGCAAAGCAGAGAGCAUCCUGACCUGCAAUUAUGGUGCCAGCCUUGGAAACAGCACUCGGGGGAAGGGAGAGCUCAUUCCAAACACAUCCAUGUCCUGGAUGCCAGGAGCAAGGAAGAAGCCCCCAGCUAUAGAACUUUGAAUGGGGCAGUGGAGAAACCCCUGCCCCUGCCCCAGUCUGCAGAGGAGUCCUACAUCACCAGUGAGCACUGCUACCAGAAGCCCCGGGCCUACUACCCUGCCGUGGAACAGAAGUUGGUGGUAGAGACGCGUGGCUCUGCCCUUGAUGAUGCAGUCAACUCACUCCGUGAGAAUGAUGACUCCCUCUCCCCUCGCCUGGGCUGGCCUCUGGACCAAGACAGGAGCAGAGAGGACAGCGACCCUAAACCCAGUCCCCCAAAGGUGAGGGACUAUGUCUCCAAAAAGGUCCUACCAGAGGAAGCCCCUGCUCGGAAGCUGCUGGACAGAGGUGGAGAGGGGUUGGUGAGCUCCCAGCAUCAGUGGCAGUUUAACUUGCUGACACACGUGGAGUCUCUUCAGGAUGAAGUCACACACAGGAUGGACUCCAUUGAGAAGGAACUGGACGUGCUGGAGAGCUGGCUGGACUAUACUGGGGAGCUGGAGCCCCCGGAGCCACUGGCUAGGCUUCCACAGCUCAAGCAUUGCAUCAAGCAGCUGCUGAUGGACCUUGGCAAGGUGCAGCAGAUUGCUCUCUGCUGCUCCACAUGAAACUGGGCACCCAGGACUAAUGGGGGUACAAUCCUGGGGCACCUGAGGAGGAGCUUCUCAUAUUUAAAUAAACCUAGCAUGCUGAAUGCACGUGACACCGACUGACUUCAGGGAUCUGGCCAGGAGUGUGAUGAACAUUGGACAAAGAGGCCAUUUUGGCUGCUGGAUGGCAGGGCACUCUCAUCUGGAAUCCUACCAAGAAGGUAGCAGAUAGACUCUUGGGAUUCCCUUCUUCUGUGCACAUCACUGAAUGAAGAGAGUCUUUUUGCACAAACUUCACUUGAAAUUGUGCCACUGAUGAUGACAAAUGGAAUGAGAGCCAAAAAAGUUUAGUUGGAAACAGUUGUAAAUUCAAUCUUCAGUUUAUUUAAUUGACUUUGCUGUCAGGUUGGAGGCACAUGCCAACCUUUCUUGUUUUGCCUGGCAUGGAGUUUAGGCAGCAGGUGCCCUUUUCAUUUUCCAGCUUCAUGGGAAUAUUGGGACUUCACCAUGCUGUGGAGGUUGGGAAGGAGCAGAGGCCUCAACUGUCCUGCCUUUCCCUUAGGAUGCUUCACUUUUCUCACAUCUCUUGCAUGACUUCAUGGUACCAGGAACAAGUUCUGUAUGCUUUUCACACAAAGUUGACUGGGUUGUGACUUUUGUCACAGAGUCCAUACAGCCAGUGGAAGAACUAGAAUUGUACUGUAAUAAGAAUCUAGGAGGGAUUCCAAAUGGAAGUAGGCAGGGUCUGGAACCCAAAGGACAGCAUUUUCUACUCAAUUCUUAAUGUUGACAGCUUCCCAGUUCUAUUUAAAGUCCAAAAAAUGUUUCCCAAAAUUUUGAACUCUUUCACUGUAAAGAUUUACUGCAAAGAAUGUGGUUUGGGGAAUUACUUUAUAUUGUCAACAAACUUCAGAUUCUUUCUGUGCCGCUUUUCUCCUUCCCUGAAGGGUAUGUCCACUAGUUGACAUUUUCAGAAUUGUUAAUAUACUUUAACACGUUGAAGUUCCUGUCUGCAUUACUUUGUGAGAUCAAGGUGAUUAUGCUGCUUAAGGUCCAGGUACAACCUGUUUGUACCUUUUGAGACAUUUGUGUUAUUUUUGCAGGUUAUGGUUCCAUGUAUAAUUGCUACAUUUUAUUUUGUGUUUCCUUAUUAUACAGAUUUACAGAAAAUGUCCCUUGCUUUGAAAAGUGACCAUCUCACAUUUUGUUAUCACUAAAGGCAAAAGUCAAAGCAUAGUUGUCUCUUUAACAUGAGUUAAUAAUGGGUUUAUGAAUCUGUAAUGUUAUAUGCUGCAAAUAUUUACUAUAUAAACAUAAAGUAGCUGAUAUUUCUCUAGCAAUGACAGUAUCUCCAGAGACCUUUAAAAUGGUUAGGCUUUCAGGCACAGGUCAUUGUGGUCAUGAAUUCAGGCCUCUGUACUAAGAUGUUUCAGGGAAUCCUGUCUAGUGAUUUGUUCCAUUUGAUAUAAAAUGAAUUAUAGGAUAAGUUAAUCUUUGCAGCUUAUCCAUCAGAGGGAAUAUAUGCAGCUGUAACAUUUAAUAAUGAUGCUGACCCAAUUCCUUUACAAGAGGCUGUUUGCCAUUGCUAACACUGGUAUAGGAAGAAAUACUCUUGGUGUUUCUGGUAUAGGAAGAAAUAUUCAAGGAGUAUGUAUGGCAUCUAUCUAUGCUCUAGAUAAUUUAUGACAGAUACAUAAGGAAUGUGGGAUGUUUUUCUGAACAGGGAAAAACAGGAUGAUUUUCUAUAUCCACAAGUGUGAGGUAUGAUGACUGUUGUAUUGUUUUCUUUUCUGCAAUUACAUCUGAGUAUCACAUCUGGGGAAGCUGUAAGUAGUCAAUUUUGUAUCUUCAAGAGGAAAGCAGAAACUGAAUUAGCUUAAUUUUGCCAAGUGGUUCUUACUGGGUUCAUCACUUAGGUUUUGUAAAGGAAAUAAUCCUGUUUGACUCAUUGUGACUUUUGUUCUUAAAGAAGCAGGGAGACUCCCCAAGUUCUGAUAACCUCAGUGUGUUUCCCUAAUUUAAAGCCAUGUUGAGGGGCUCCAUUCCCAAUUUCUGGGUCAAGAUGAAUUAACCCCAAGUUGGAGCACUGGAAACUGUUAUUUGCGAACAUUGCUGAUACAUUUAGAAAUAUGUGCACUACCUAAGUUUUUUGUCUUUUGAGAAAAACUAUCCACCUAUAAAAAACUGCCUUGACAAAAAGUUCUGGUUUGACUAAUCAUUUUGCUGCUUUAAAGUAAGUGAUGAGUAUGCAGGGUGGAUCCUUGAUGAGCCAACAUUGCACUGUGGAUACAUAUCUAUGUUUAUGUGCUAUUAGAACAGAAGGUGCUGUGUAGAGAAAUGUUGCUUUGAAGCAAUAUUUGCAAAAUAUACAAACUUCUAUAUC